UAUGACGAUCAUGACCAAGUCAUCAAUUGUGUAAGCAAAAAGAGAGAGGGAUGCUUCAGCCAAUAGAGAUAGAACGCAACGAGCUUGGCUACCAACUGGACGAGGUGCGGGAGGGCAGAUAUGUGAGAGUGUUCCAGAGGCGCUGUCCAGGGAUCUCCACUAGCAUGUUUCUAAUUCAUGGUGGAGGGGGGCGAGCAGGGCAGUUCAAACACUUGGUCAAAGUGUUACAAUCUAAAGUAAAUGUGGUGGCAUUUGAUUUCCUUGGCCAUGGAGAUAGCCCCAGUCCCAACCAACCAGAGCUGUACACAAUAGACGAACACCUCAAGGAUCUCUCGGUGAUCUAUGACAAGUACAAGGGUCGACGUAACGUGUUGCUAGGUCACUGCUAUGGUGGAGUGCACGCGCUGAGACUUGUCAAACAGCUGAACGAUCAGGGGAGGGUGAACGAACUAGUGGGUGUGGUCAUCCUGUGUCUGGGGGACAAGUGCCUACCAGGAACUAUGUUAGGAUACCUACCAGCACCUGUUCUGGAGGUCCUCCGCCCACUGGCCCGAUCUAGCUCCAACGCUGCCCUGUUCACACCCACCACAGACCCGGCUAUAGUGGCCUUCGAAAAUGCCAUCUCCGACCGAAACAGAAUGUACAUGAUGAAAGUGCUACUUGGCGACACAACCAAUCAGGAGCUAUGGAACGACUAUAUAACAACUGCAGCUCAGAUCCUCAUCUCUAAGGACAUCCCUCGAUUGCUGAUUGGUGGCGAGGGCGACGGGAUUUUCCCCGAAGAGAAGAUUAUUGGAUUGAAGAGAAUACUUGAAGUGCCUGAUGAUUGCUAUCAUGUGAUCAAUGAGGUCGGCCAUUUACCCAUGCUGGAAAAACCAAGCGAAGUUUUGGACAUUAUAUUGAACUUUAUUUAGUGUUGGACACAUUGCUAUAAUGUUUUUUAUCAUUAAUUUCAGCAGAAAAACAUUUCAUAUUAGUUUUUGUUGUGCAUCAAAAAGUGGUGGUGUGUGACACAAAAUGUCCACUUGUGUAUAAUUAUGUAGUUAGUUCG